AUGGACAAGGAAUGGACAAAGUUAAACCCCGCGACUAAAGAGUAUCAAAGUGGUCUUGAUUUUUUUCUAGAUUAUGCAUACACCAAAGGAAAACCCCGCGGGAAAGAGAUUUCGUGUCCUUGUGCUAAAUGUUACAAUAGCAAAUGGUUUACGAGGAAUGAAGUAAGAAAUCAUCUAACUGCAUUUGGAUUUCAAAAGGGAUAUGAUAUUUGGGUUCAACAUGGGGAGAAGAAACCGAAACCUAGUGAUCUUAAUGAUAAUAAUAUGAAUCAUAAAGAGGAUAAAAUUGAUGAUAUUGAUGGCCUAUUGCAUGAAAGAUUUAGAGAUGUUGUACAAGAAGAAAAUGAAGUGAAUGUAGGCCUCAACGAAGAUGCAAAAAAGUUCUACAAUCUAGUCGAAGAAGCCAAACAAGAUUUGUAUCCAGGUUGCAAAAACUUCUCUAAAUUGCCGUUCACCAUUCGUCUUUAUUUAUUGAAAUGCCUUUAUGGUUGGAGCAACGUAUCAUUCAAUGCUCUCUUAGAGUUGUUGAGAGAAGCUAUGCCUUCAUUGAACAUCCCUGAUUCGUUCAACAAAACUAAAGGCAUGAUAAGGGACUUAGGGUUGGAUUAUAAGAAGAUCGAUGCGUGCCCUAAUGAUUGCAUGCUAUAUUGGAAAGAUCAAGAGAAUGAUACUUCUUGUCGUGUUUGUGGUGCUCCACGGUGGAAUGAAGAUGUAAAAGGAAAUGAUGAAGUUGAAAAAAAUCAUAAGUCUCAUAAAGUUCCUUUGAAAGUUUUGAGACACUUUCCUUUGAUUCCUAGACUUCAACGGCUGUUUAUGUGUUCAAAGACGGAUAACUCAUUAAGAUGGCAUGAUGAAGAGCGUUCUAAAGAUGGGAAGUUGAGGCACCCUGCAGAUGGAGAAGCAUGGAAAGAAUUUGAUAAAUGUCAUUCUGAAUUUGCUGAUGAGUCGCGUAAUAUAAGACUUGGAUUGGCUAGCGACGGAUUUAAUCCAUUUCGAACCAUGAAUUUGUCUUAUAGUACUUGGCCUGUGGUAUUAAUACCAUAUAACUUUCCACCUUGGUGGUGCAUGAAACCUGAAUAUUCUAUGUUGUCUUUAUUAAUCCCUGGACCAUUUUCACCAGGGAAUAACAUUGAUGUGUACCUUCAACCAUUGAUAGAAGAGUUGAAAGUGUUAUGGGAUUUGGGUGUAGAAACAUAUGAUGCAUCACUAAUUCAAACUUUCCAAAUGCGGGCAGCUCUCUUGUGGACUAUUAGUGACUUUCCUGGGUAUGCUAUGUUGAGUGGGUGGAGUACAAAAGGGAAACUAGCAUGUCCUUGUUGUAAUUAUGACACUAAUUCUACAUAUUUGAAAUAUAGUAAAAAGGUGUGUUAUAUGGAUCAUCGUGUGUUUUUGCCCGAGGAUCAUAAAUAUAGGUCAAAUUCUAGGAAUUUCAAUGGUAGCAUAGAAGAUAGGCCACCACCAGAGUUGUAA